AUGUCGAGGAACUACAUACGCCCCUUAGGAAUGAAUUUUGUACCACAUGGAGUGCAAGGACAGCAGUUCCAAGAUCAAGAAUUCAUCCAGCUGCCCCAGAAGACAGAACAACAGAAUCAAGCACAGGAAACUUCUAAUAACUUGAUUGAACCCAAAAUAGAAGACACAAAAGAGGGCACUGUAUCCACUGAGAAUCCAGAGAAGCCGCCGUGGAUGAAAAAAGGUGUUUCAGUAAAAAGAAUAUCGAACAAGGAGCGUCGGCGUCGUCAGAACCAGAACCUGCGGCGCCUGGUCACACCCAAGAGUGCGCUCAUGGUGCUCAACGAAAUGGUGCCAGGCAUGCAGUUGGCAUUCAAAGUUGAGCCCGCUCUUCCCACAAAGUUCAACCACAUGCACAACGUUAUGUUUUGUGCUGAAGUCAUUUUUGAUGGCGUCACAUACAAGGGCUUUGGCGAGACGAAGACGGCGGCCCGCAACGCGGCGGCCGAGCAGGCCGUGAGGGACAUCAUCAUCAAGAAGAUGACCAGAACCUUUAGCGAGGACAAACCACAAGAGGCUGAGAGCGCCAACGGCGAAGAAUCCAUGGACACUGGUGAAGAAGAACCGAUGCCCAUGAUCCAAAUCGCCUCUUUCGCCCUCCACAAGCUUUUCAGCGAGUGGGAGGGAGAAGGCCAUAGGGUGCCGCAGUUCCGACCUCCAAAUAACUCGGUAUCUGAAAGUGGCGAUAUGGAUACGGCGACACAAGCCCCCAACGCCCCACAGGUUUCCAAGAAGAAGGUGAAAACGCUUCCAGAGAAUGCGGCUUCCAUGCACCCGUGCAUGCUGCUGACGUACAUGCGGCCCCAACAGGAGUACAAGGAGCUGGGAGUGCAGGGAGACCGACCCCAGAACCUCACUUACACCAUUGCAGUGGAGGUAGACGGCUCUAGAUUCGUCGGACAAGGUCAGAACAAGAAAGAGGCGAGGAAGUGGGCCGCGGCGCAGGCCUGCAAGGCGCUCUUCGACAUCGACUUCAAACUGUAG